GUCAAAUUUGCCGACGAAUUUUUUUUUUUGGUUGCGUUCGGUUCGCUUUUCGUUGUUUGCUGUUGUUGUUGGCAACGUUGUUGUUGACUCAGGUUCACGCACACAACAACCCACGAAAGCAUCAUCCGCAUCAUCCACGACACCACCUCAUCCGCAUCAUCCACUCAGCGCUGACAACCAAACCAGUCUCAGCAAACACAACAGUUGCACAACACAGCUGCCCACGAGUCAAACCAACAGCCAAACACUCAAAGAGCAGCGGCUGGCCGUACGUCUCACAGCAAUGGAGGCGGCAUAUGUGAAGAAGGCGUUGGGGACGACGCUGACGGAUGCGCUGUCCCUGCUGGCUGUGUAUCGGCCAGAGGAUCCCGUGGAGUGGCUUGCAGACUACCUGCGCCACGAGGACAAGCGCCAACGCAUCAUCGCCGUGAAGAGGGAGGAGCAAGAAAAGCGGGCAAAGAUCUUGAAGAAGGCCCAAGAAGAAGAGGAGCGGCUGGCAGAGCUCAAGAGGGAGGAGGAGCGCCUGGCCAACCUGCGCAAGCCAAACCAGUUCCAGCUCGACUGCAUGGCUUUCCUGCAAGAGAUCACGGAGCUCGAGAAGAAGCUCAAGAACGAGGACAAAUCUGUGCAAGAGAUUGGCGAAGCCGUCAUGCAGGAAUCCCGCAAGAGCAUGACACACAUGCAGCUCAGCGAAGAGGCGAAGGCGCUGGUGGAGGAGCCACCAAAGGCGAUCCAGCAGCUCAUUAAGGCCGGCAUGGUCAUCAGCGGAUAUCCGCUCGAGAAGCUCGAGAACUGGAGCGACAUCUCCGAAGUUGUCCUCAACGACUAUGCACUGACGCGCUAUGAGACGCUUGAUGUGAUGGCGGUUGCCAACAAGCACGACAUCAAGGACGCUGUGGAGAUGGUGGAUGGCAUCGACUACCUUGCCCGCCCUGUUCAGAAACACCCAUUGGGCCCAUUGGCCACACGCUACCACACGUUUGUGCGUGCGGCGCUGCAGUCGUUUGGAUACGAGCCAUCGCAGUUUCUCUCGCUGGAAUCUGUGGAGGAGGACAGGCAGACGUUCCAGCGAACCAUCUGGCGCAUGCCCGAAGAGGUGGAGAAGGUGCUUGAUCUUGACAAGGACGGCGACACAGAGGCGUUGCGCGAGGAGAAGAAGAGAAUACUGUCGACAAUGGCUGGCCUGGACAGGCGGGUGCUGCCCAAGGAGAUUACAUCCAAGCUCAUGCACGUCGAAGUCUGGUGGAAGUCAGCGGAGAACGAGGAGACGGAUGCGGAUGCGUCGCUGAUCAUGUUCAGCGAGCACGGGCAGCCCAUCGACAGCGUGUACCAUCUUGUCCGCCACAGCAAGGACAACGCCAUCAAACACAUGGGUGACAUGGGUGAGGAGACAGACGCUGAAUACUUCACCUUCGACCUCCCAAAGCUGGCAAAGAAUGUGGAUGUGAUUGGGGUGGUGCUGAACGUGGCGACGGAUGGAGAAAGCCUGGAGCACACAGAGGCGUGUGGCAUUCGCAUUUACCCAUCAACUGGCGACACCAACGGUGGUGCUGGUGGUGGUGGCGCAGACAGCGCAGACAAGAAGGAGGAGGAACAGGAAGAAGAAGCAGGGGGUGACCAGGAGAAGAAGGACGAUGAAGGCGAGGGCGGUGGCGAUGACAAGGAGGGUGGUGACGAAGAAGAAGAAGAAGACAAGAAAGAAGAAGAAGACAAGGCAGAAGGUGACAAGGAAGACGAGGAAGAUGGUGAGGAUGGUGAUGAGGGCGAUGAGCAACAGAGCAGCAAGCCUGCAUCGAAGAAGCCCUCCAUGGCGCCACCUGCGAUGGUGCCGCCAAAGGCCCCGCCCGUCCUCACCAUGAGCCUGGAUGCGCAUCUCAUUGACAAGCAUGAGGUGCUCAUGACGCUGCUGCACCGUGAUCAGGAGGACCCGGACCUGUGGCACAUUGUCGGUGUUGGCGAGCAAGUCAAGGGCGAGUGGCGCGAGAAGGAAGAGUCACAGAACUUUCUCAACGCACUGCCGCUGGGCCAGCGCUACAUUGAGCUGCUUGGCAUCCGCCACGUGGACCACAGCGGGGAGAAGGUCAUGCACCCGUUUAAGAUGGUUCCUGGCGACUUUCUUGAAGUGCCGGCCCUUGCGGUGGAGCACCCUGUCGUCAUUGGCAUGGGCUGGGAUGUCGAUCCAGAUGUCGCCAUGGAUUUGGACUGCGGGCUUGCCGUUUACUCAAAGGGACAGCGAACGGACUACUGCGACUUUGAGAAGUUGGUGUCGAACGACAAAGCCAUUGAGCACCAGGGCGACAACCGUGAUGGCGAGGGCGAAGGCGAUGAUGAGAGCAUCAUUGUCGAGUUCAGCAAGCUCGAUCCAGAGACAGACACGCUGUUCCUGUACGCUGCCGUGUAUGAGGGCGGUGCUCUGCGUGAUGUGGAGAAUGUUCAUAUUCGCAUGCUCAGCAAACGCGGCGGAAAGCAGAAGGAGAUCUGCCGGUUCUCGCUCGACUGGCUGGCCAAGGUUGAGGACGACACUGCCGUCAUCCUGGCCAAAAUCUCGCGUACACCCGAGGGGGCGUGGCUCUUCCAGACCAUUGGCACCACGGCACCUGGCAGGACCAUCGAGGAGCUGGAGAGCAGGCUCACAGAGCUGCUCUGAUGACCCUCUGCGAUGCUUUUGUUGACACUACGAAUGAUAGCUGAUCGCACCUGCGUCCAAUGAGCAUUGGUGUUGCUGUAUGACAUGUUUCACAGCUCAGUGCGUUCUGUUUGUAAUGGUGCAGGCGCGACGUUUGUGUUUUUGAUGUGUUUAUGUGCUCGUUGUUGUUGUGUGUUUGCAUAUGUGCAUGUGCGUUUCGCUUGCUUUUGGUUGCGCUGUUGAUACACUGCUGCUUGUUGUCGUUGUUCCUUGCCAGAGAAUGAAUGCAUAAACGUCAGUCGAAUUGCACUCAUGAUAUGGGGGUGUUCAGAA